CGUAGACCUUUUAUUUAUCCUCCAUAGAUCCGUCGCCAGCUCCGCCUCGUGGGACCAGCACACUGCUUGGCCCGCAGCGGUCGCCCCGGAAACGCACGCUGCUUGGAGCUGAAACUGUUGGGUGAACCCCUUCUCAACCCGCUCCCACGGUCCGACGCCUCGUUCCUCCAGACCCGCUUCUAGUAAGGCAGGUGUAUCCACGCCAUCCACGAGUUGUAGCAACCACAGCGGAAGCUUACGAUGUCUCACGCAGACUCCGGGAAAAGGGAGCUUCCGACUCCGAGCGCUUAGCAACCACUGGUUUCCUCCUUCGCUUGGCCACCUCCGAGAUCCUCUUCCGGGGAAGAGGUCGCCCCGCCCCUCCCGCGUUUCCUCUAAGAUGGCGAGCGGCGGCAGUGGGGGGGUUUCGGUGUCUGCGCUCUGGAGCGAAGUGAACCGCUAUGGCCAGAACGGCGAUUUCACGCGUGCCCUCAAGACCGUGAAUAAGAUACUGCAGAUCAACAAGGAUGAUGUCACUGCCCUACACUGUAAAGUGGUAUGCCUUAUCCAGAAUGGGAGUUUCAAGGAAGCCUUGAAUGUCAUCAAUACUCACACCAAAGUGUUAGCCAAUAACUCUCUUUCUUUUGAGAAGGCGUAUUGUGAGUAUAGGCUGAACCGAAUUGAGAAUGCCUUGAAGACAAUAGAAAGUGCCAACCAGCAGACAGACAAACUGAAGGAGCUUUAUGGACAAGUGUUAUACCGGUUAGAACGCUAUGAUGAAUGCUUAGCUGUGUAUAGAGAUCUCGUCCGAAACUCCCAAGAUGAUUACGAUGAGGAGAGAAAAACAAACCUUUCAGCAGUUGUUGCAGCUCAAAGCAACUGGGAAAAAGUGGUUCCAGAGAACUUGGGCCUCCAAGAAGGCACACAUGAAUUGUGCUACAACACUGCUUGUGCACUGAUAGGACAAGGCCAGCUGAAUCAGGCAAUGAAAAUCCUACAAAAAGCUGAAGAUCUUUGCCGCCGUUCAUUAUCAGAAGAUUCUGAUGGGACUGAGGAAGACCCUCAGGCAGAACUGGCCAUCAUUCAUGGGCAGAUGGCCUACAUUCUGCAGCUUCAGGGUCGCACAGAGGAAGCUUUGCAACUUUACAAUCAGAUCAUAAAGCUCAAGCCUACAGAUGUGGGAUUGCUAGCUGUGAUUGCAAAUAACAUCAUUACCAUUAACAAGGACCAAAAUGUCUUUGACUCCAAGAAGAAGGUGAAAUUAACCAAUGCAGAAGGAGUAGAGUUUAAGCUUUCCAAGAAACAGCUGCAAGCAAUAGAAUUUAACAAAGCUUUGCUUGCUAUGUAUACAAACCAGGCAGAACAAUGCCGAAAAAUAUCUACUAGUUUACAGUCCCAGAGUCCUGAGCAUCUCCUGCCUGUGUUAAUCCAAGCUGCCCAGCUCUGCCGUGAAAAGCAGCACACGAAAGCAAUAGAGCUGCUUCAGGAAUUUUCAGAUCAGCAUCCAGAAAAUGCAGCUGAAAUUAAGCUGACCAUGGCACAGCUGAAAAUUUCCCAAGGUAAUAUUUCUAAAGCAUGUCUGAUAUUGAGAAGCAUAGAGGAGUUAAAGCAUAAACCAGGCAUGGUAUCUGCAUUAGUGACCAUGUAUAGUCAUGAGGAAGAUAUCGAUAGUGCCAUUGAGGUCUUCACACAAGCUAUCCAGUGGUAUCAAAACCAUCAGCCCAAAUCUCCUGCUCAUUUGUCUUUGAUAAGAGAAGCGGCCAACUUCAAACUCAAAUAUGGGCGGAAGAAGGAGGCAAUUAGUGACCUAGAACAGCUAUGGAAACAAAAUCCAAAAGAUAUUCACACCCUGGCACAGCUUAUUUCUGCUUACUCACUUGUAGAUCCUGAGAAGGCAAAAGCUCUUAGUAAACACUUGCCUUCGUCAGACAGCAUGUCUCUGAAAGUCGAUGUGGAGGCUCUUGAAAACUCCCCCGGUGCUACGUACAUUCGGAAGAAGGGCGGAAAAGUUGCUGGAGACAGUCAACCGAAGGAGCAAGGACAGGGAGAUUUGAAAAAGAAGAAGAAGAAAAAGAAGGGAAAACUGCCUAAGAAUUAUGAUCCAAAAGUGACCCCAGAUCCAGAAAGAUGGCUGCCAAUGCGUGAACGUUCUUACUACCGGGGAAGAAAGAAGGGUAAAAAGAAGGAUCAGAUUGGAAAGGGGACCCAAGGAGCAACUGUGGGAGCUUCAUCUGAACUGGAUGCCAGUAAAACUGUGAGCAGCCCACCCACCUCCCCAAGACCUGGCAGUGCAGCAACAGCAUCUACAAGUAAUAUCAUCCCCCCGAGACACCAGAAACCUGCAGGGGCUCCAGCAACAAAAAAGAAACAGCAACAGAAAAAGAAGAAAGGUGGAAAAGGUGGCUGGUGAUUAGAACUCUUGUUGCAGGCUAUUUUAAAAUUAGUCUUAGUAACACUAGGAACAUAAUGGUAACACAGCAAGAAGCACAUAGCUGCUCCCUUUCUCAUCCCCACAUUUUCACAAAAUGAUUUUCUUGUGCAUCAGACAGGAAAACAUCAUCCUCAAACUCUUGCCUAGUCAGACUUGGCCUACUUUUACCACCUAGCUUUUACACAGAUGAUAAGGACUCAAAAUAAUUGGUGGGUAAUAAUAAAUACCCACCUUGAUAUCUUUUGUAUCCUUUCCCUUUGUGUGCUGGUGGGUUUCUUUUUUUGUCUUUUUUUUUUUUGUUUUUUUUUGGUUUUUGGUUUUGUUUUUUUUGUUUUUCAGUUUCACAAACAAGGCAUGUUAUCUAAGAAGAAACUACUUCUGUUUUAACUAGAGUCCGAAAAUACUAGUUCCUAUCAAGUCCCACUUUAUGUUUUAGGAGGCCUUAGGAGACUGAAAGUGGAAUCAUCUGAGCAUUCCAAAUAUGCGAAUGUAAAGGGACCUAUUAAUACACUGGUGUUCUUCACUUCAUUACAUGAGUGGCCACAGGAAAACUAAAGUAAAUGUCUUGAUUAAUUUUUACCACAAAUUCUCUGUCAUGUGAAACUGGAAUAUGGGAAUGUAUAGUAAUUAAAAGUAAGUUUGUGGAUGUAUAUAUACACAUAUAUAUAAAUUAGGACUCCUUUGUGCCCCCAUAUCAUUUUCAGAUUAUGAUAACAUUAUGCCAAUUUAGCACUAUUAAAGAACUCAAGGAAAGCAUAUCAGUGUUGUAAGAAGUUGAUUCUUAGACCCAGUGCUGUGAGGUCAGAUGGGUUUGGACUCUCAAUCAAAUUUAAUGGCCCCCAUCAAGAGCAUGAACAUUGACUUCCUAUGUAGAGAGGAAAUCAAUACCAGAGUUCAAUAGCAGGCAGUAUUAAAACUAACAGUACUGUUUGGCCCAAUAGUAAAUACUCAGCUCCUCUUUCUACUUAGGGGUAUGACUAUUCAUUACCCUUCCCAACGUGAUGGAGUAUUAAUAGUCAGUCUGUGGCAUUAUCUGUGAUGUUAGUGCUGUUCUGGUCUUUCCUUGCUCACAAGCCACUUUCCCACUGAACAGUUGUAACACUGGGAUGUUCAACCUUGUUAAUAUUCAUUUUAUGCUACCCAAGAUAGCAUUGAAUUUAGACUUAAGAGUUAUUUCCUUGUGAUCAUAUUACUCCAUCCUUGUUAAUAAAGUGCUGCUGUGUUUGACUCAA